GGGUGGCUCUGGGAAAGUCCCAGGGGUGGGGGCAUCCUCCACAGCCUGCACAAGGCAGUUACCACCUUGACCCCUCCCCCCUGGGGAAAGGUCUUUCCCUUUUGGCUGUAAUUCUACAGUUAGAACUUCAUAUCUUUGGCUUAAGGCUGAAUUUUCUGUUGCCAUGUGGAUGCCCCAGGUGGAGGGGCCCAUUCCUGCUUAAGAACACCAUGAAUGCAGGGGCAUUGUAGGGAGUUCAACAGUUGGCUUUUGGAGAGAAGGGGCAGUGGCAUUGAGAGACCUCCAGACCAGGCAUGGCUCUGAGCCCAGGGGCUAAUCUGGUCCUCUGUGAAAGCUCGAACAUGACUCCCAGUCUCAGCCUGGCAGAGGCCCCAGAUUCAGGCUCCAGCACUAUCUCUGAGCCCCACACAGACAUGGGCCUAGUUCCUCUCUUGAACCCACCCUUGAAUCCUGGCUCAGAUCUUGUUCCAGACCUCAAUUCAACUCUGAGUCCUGUCUCAGAGGAGGCCCCUGGCCUGGUAUCUGGUAACACCCCCAGGCCUGGUGACAGCCAGACUGUGCCCCCAGUCUCCCUCCAGAUCACCACUUCCCACUCUGGUGAAGCCCUGGGCCUGAAUUCAAAUCACGUCUCAAGGCCUGACUCACAAGGGGCCCUGGGUCCAGCCCCAAACCUUGUGCUGAGCCCCAGCUCUACUGAGGCCCAAGAUCUGAGCUCAGGGAAGCACUCUGGGCUCAGUUCUGAGGAGGCUUUCAACUCUCUCUCAAGCAAGAUUUUUGAUGUGGGUCAGAGUAACUCCAGUCCUUCCAGGACUGAUGCAAACCCAUUUCUAAGGCCCUAUUCAAGAGAAGCCCUGGUGGUGGGCCACUGCAUCUGUAGGUCAGGCUCAAAAGCUCUCCUUAUUCCAACCUCAAAUUCUUCUCUGGACUCUGACUCCAACCAGCUACACAGUGUGGGCUCAAGAAACACCUCCAAGCUGUACCUCAAUGCGGGUCCAAGUUCUUGUGGGACCCUGAUCCCAGAUGCCAACGAGACCAUCACUGUGGUUUCACAUAACAGCUCUGGAUCUGUCUCAAAAGGAGUUUUGGGUACAGCCUGGAACACGAGUUCCAAGGGAACCAUCAAUGUGGCUUCAAAUAACAAUCUCAGGUCUGACCUGAACAUGACCAUCACUCAAGCCUCAUGCUUGACCCUGAUUCCUGGCUCCAGCAAUAGUAUCAGCCUGCAUUCCAGCACCCGUGGACCCAGCUCCACCCUUUCUCCACCCUCGUGUAUGACUCUGCUCUUGGGCUCCAAUGAGACUCUCAGCCUGGGUUCCAGCCUCAUCUUCAGUGACACCUCUACCCUGACACUGAGCAGCCAGCAGGAUUAUUUUGAGGACAAUAGCAUCCAUGCCAUACCUUUGGACAAGAAUCUGGGGAGCUGGGAUGAGAUGGUUGGCACUGAGACAGGCCAGUUCUCGCUGGGGUUCCCCACCUAUAAUACCAUGGACAAGGACACCACAGCCUUCCAAAGCAUCCCAGGGGGAGCCUUCAGUGAAGUAGUGGCCUCAUGCCUGGUGGACAUGCCGGGGAAGAGAGACGAUGGCACCAAGAUGGCUCUGGUGGAGAAUGUCAUCACCCUCCAGGAGAGCCAGGAUGCGCUCGAAGUGGACGUAGAGAAGAGGACCUUGAUGAAGAAGAUGAUGAGGCAGAUCCAGGAGGAGCCACUGGAUUCCCUCUCGAGCACCGUCCGUUGGCAGGCCAUGGAGACGCUGACCCAGCUGAGUCACACCCCUCCCGUUCUGGGUGUGCGAGAAAGGUCAGAGCUGGUGAACACAUGCGUGAAGAGUGUGUUCUCCCUGCCCUCUGUGCAGGCCAUGCAGGAGAAAGUCGAGGCCAAGGCGGAGGCCAUACAGACACUUUGCCGACAGACCCUGGAUGCCCUGCAGACACUGCUCAACGCCCUCUUUGUCGAGGACCCCACUCCUGCUGGGCUGAAGAGCAUCUUGGAGCCCCUGGGGCCCUGGAUGAACUCCGGGAAGACCCACGAGCGAGCACGGGCUGUGAACAGCAACGUCUCUGUGUUGAACCACGUGCUUCUGACCCUGCCUUUCUUUAUGUCCUCGGGGUUUCCGGCGCUGGGGCUUCUGCUGGGGAGGCUCAUCCUUCGCAUUGGAGAUCCUGAUGAGGAGAUUGGCCGGAAGGCUCUGGACGGCAUCAUCAUCCUCUACACCAUCCUGGAGCUCCAAAAACGAGCCAGAGAUAAGGAAGAGACCAAUAAGAAGGAGCUGUAUGAGAGCAACAAGCGAUUCCUGGGGCCCUACAACCCUGUCUGCCCGUGCCAGAAUAUUCUGCGUGUGAUCGCGGAAUUUGGAGACUUCCUGGGACCCCAGCAGGUGAAGGACCUGCUGUUAGCAGCCCUGGAAGGCUUGAAAGGCAGCUCAGAAGCCCGGGGGAAGGACUUGGGGGAGAUGAUGCAGCUGGCCUCGGAGGUCACCAUCAGCUCGGUGCUGGAGUGGUACCACCACAGGGUGGUGGAGGUGAUCCCAGAAAUCAUGCAGGCCAUCUACAUGCAGCUGAACCACAUCCAGGAGCCCCGGGCCCGCGAGGUGGCCCUGCUGCCCGUCUCCCUCCUGGCCAGCUCCUUCAUGACCGAGGUGGUCGUGGCCCUGCUCACGUGUCCCCUCCCGCUGGACAGCAACGGCGCAGAGAUGUGGAGGCAGCUGAUACUGUGCAAGCCCAGCUGUGAUAUCCGAGACCUCCUGGAUCUGCUCUUGAUGAGCCUGAAGGAGAAGCCCUUCACCAAGAAGGGCCGGGCCUCGAUCGUGCCCUUAGCGGCAGCCAGCGGGCUGUGCGAGCUCCUGUCGGUCAGCAGCUGCGUGGGCUGCGUGAGGCGCAUCUACCCCCAGCUGCUCCUGGCCCUGCUCAUUCAGGUCCAUUACCACAUCGGCCUCAACCUGUCUGGCCGCGUGGCUUUGCGCAAGGACGCCAAGAAGGAUGCCCAGCCCUCCGUCUUCGUACCUGUGCGCUGGGUGGUCAAAGUGGUGAAAACCCUGCUGCUGAGGAUGGGCUGCUCAUACGAGGCCACCUUUCUGGAGGACCAGGGCGGCUGGGAGCUCAUGGGGCAGGCCGAGAACCACCACCGCGGAGUGUCCCUGCUGGCAAGGGCCAUGGUGCAUUACUCCUGCCAGGAGCUCUGCCGCAUCCUCUACCUGCUCAUCCCACUCCUGGAGAGAGGCGACGAGAAGCACAAGAUCACUGCCACCGCCUUCUUCGUGGAGCUUCUCCAGAUGGAACAGGUGCGGCGGAUCCCUGAGGAGUACUCUCUGGGGAGGAUGGCUGAAGGUCUGAACCACCAGGACCCCAUCAUGAAGGUGCUGUCCAUCCGAGGCCUGAUCAUCCUGGCCCGCAGGACUGAGAAGACUGCCAAGGUCCAGGCCCUCCUGCCCUCUAUGGUGAAGGGCCUGAAGAGUAUGGACGGGCUGCUGGUGGUGGAGGCGGCCCACAACCUCAAGACCAUCUUCAGGGGGCAGGACCGGAAGCUGAUGGACAGCUCGGUCUAUGUGGAGAUGCUUCAGGUCCUGCUCCCACACUUCAGUGAUUCACGAGAGGAUGUGCGCUCCUCCUGCAUCAGCCUGUACGGCAAGGUGGUUCAGAAGCUGCGGUCGCCUCGCACCCCAGCCGUAGAGGAGCAGCUGAUGGGCACCUUGGUGCCCCUGCUGCUGACCAUGCAAGACGGCAACGCCAAGGUGAGCCAGAAAUGUGUGAAGACCCUGUUCCGCUGUUCCUGCUUCAUGGCCUGGGAACUGCCAAAAAGAGCUUAUAGCCGGAAGUCCUGGGACAACCAGCAGCAGACGGUGGCCAAAAUUUGCAAGUACCUUGUGACUACCCACCAAGACAGCGCCUUCACAUUCCUCAGCCAGAGCCUGGAGUAUGCCAAGAAUCCCCGGGCCUCCCUCCGGAAGUCCUCAGUCAUGUUCAUAGGGUCCCUGGUCCCCUGCAUGGAGAGCAUGAUGACAGAAGACCGGCUGAAUGAAGUUAAAGUGGCUCUGGAAAACCUGAGACACGACCCAGAAGCAUCAGUGUGCAUCUACGCGGCCCAGGCCCAGGACCACAUCCUAGCCAGCUGCUGCUGGAACUCCUGGCCGCUGCCACACGGGGACUCGUGGGUGUGCGACCCAGCCACCACGCACCGCUGGAGCCCUAGCUGCAAGAGCCUGCCCGCUUCUCACCAGCGGUGCUCCUGGAUCGUGCAAGCACUGGGCUCCUGGAAGAUGGCCUUGAAGCAGUGAUGUGCCUGAGCCCCCAGCCCUCCCCAGAGGCAGCCACGGCCACAGCCAUGCCCACUAUAAAUGCCACGUGGCUCACCUCUC